AGCCUGCAAUCCGGGGUUACCAGCAUUCAUCUGUCAGCACUGUGACUCUGAUUGAGAAUAUGCACACAUAGACACACACACACACACACACACACACACAUUGACAUUAUUUUUGUUAGACUUAAAGAUGUACAAAGAUGUUCUUUAUUCAGCUACAUUGUAGUAGCCUAGUGCUUUUAUUAAGUGCACUUAAGUAAGUUUGUUCUAGUAGACAAAUUUAUACACACACAGUCAUAGAGAGAGUAAGAGACAUUGUUCUUUUAUUUCAAUAAACCUGUUUUUGAACAAUAUCAUAUCAAUAUCAUAUCAACACCAUGUAUCUAACAUUAACUCACAAGGUCUGUGAUAUUCUUGUAGAGGAUUGAAUUGGUUCCAUUUGUAGUAAACAAAUGUGGGUACUUUGUAUAAAAGUUUGAGAACUCAAGCUAAAAAAUUCAGCGAGUUAUAGGUGCUGAAGCAAAAAGUGUUACAACCACCCCCGGUCUCCCCUACUAGUAUGACAAAAUAGCUUUGACACAUGCUAGAUAUGCCUGUUAGAAGCUAAGAAAACACUAAUGAAAAUAUUACUUUACAAUGUUUCACAAAAACAGUUUAGACAGUAUUUUUUUUUUUUUUUUUUUUUUGCAGAAGGAAUGGUUACAUGUGUCUGCUUUCUUCCAGGUAGAAGGGGCUAACUGAGCAUGUGCAGUAUAAAUAUCAUCACUCUAUCUUACUCCUGGGGCCCGUUCUUCGUACGUCGCUAACUCGGUUAGCUGGAUUUGAUUGUUGACAAUUUGGCAUGAUCUUGGAUUGUUCGGUUCUUCGACGCUCAUCCUGGACGUGCUGUCAUACCAACAGGUCCGUAAGCUUAAACCUGCUCGUGAGCAGGCUUAUUUCAUGUAGGAUUAGAUUGCAUCUUUUAACAAAAUCUGUCCCAGCCACUGCUAAUUUAUUUCACAAGUACUCUACUUAUCCAGGGACAAUAAUUUAAAAUGAUAAUAAUUUACAAAUUAAUUUGAAAAUAAUAUUAUAAUGUUGUGUAGUCUAAAAUACUAUAGAGACAACCAGUUUUACUCAUUGAAAGAUUUAUUUGUGACGGAAUAAUUACUUUAUAAUUGUAUGGAGUCUUACACACAUGCUUGUACAGUUAUUCUGAGCCGUGCAUUAAUUUGAAUGGUGACGCUAUUAUGGGAGUGGCUUGAUGCAGAUAACUUGAUCUUGACUUUAAUUCAUUUUUAAUUAAAACUUUAAUUAAUGCUGUCACGUAACAAAUCUGCUUCAAAGAUAAAUUAAAUGAAUUGCGAAUUACAACUUUGAAAUAAAAAUGUAAUGACUGUACAAAUGCUCGUGAAUCUAAAUAGUUGGGAAUCAUGUAAAAAAAAAAAAAAAAAAAAAAAAAAAACAGUGCAUAUUUCAUUUAUCUAUUAUAACAUUUAUGUCGUAAUGUCAUGUUGUUCAUUUGGCUGUUUCAGGUCCAGAAAUUCAUCGAGUUUUUCGCCAGGUGUCUUUUCUAAUUAUAUGAUGUCAUUACGUUGCUGUCUUGCCGCCAGCCAAUCGCUGCAUUGCUGAUCGUGGUUUCGAGUAUCGAUACAUCUGCCCUUUUCAAGGAACACGAGAACGCGCAGUAAUCUCGGACAAUUUAAUCCUGAUAUUUUAAUCCAAUCAACAAAUUCAUUUGAAGAACCAAAUUAGCCAGUGAUCAGUUAUCACGAUUAGUUAUCAAGUUAUCAAGAUCUGGCAUCUGUCAAAUCAUCUCAGAUGUAUUAAGCGAGGUACGAAGAACGGACCCCAGAUUUGGAGGAAUAAGCCAUGUUGCAACCGUCCCCUACAUAAAGAGAUACAUAAUAAACAAAGAAGUUGAGAAAUACAAGCAAUGAUUUAAUGCAGGACUGCAUAAUCAUGUCACAGGAAAUUGAGUCAUCAGUGUCCUAACUUGGUUAAUGGAUCAAGGCUCUUGCUGCUGCCUGAAUUCAUGUUCAUGACGUACUGCUUCAUGAAAGAGCAGAAUGUUUUUCUACAUAUUGAACACACCCCUAAUGUCAACAGGGAAGUCAAAUUUCCCAAUUCUCAGUAUUAUUACUACAUACAUUGCUUUUAUAAUAAAAAUUUCCAUUUAAAUACGUUAAAAUGCACUUAAUUCAAUCAGUAUUUGUGCAUUUGUUUUUUGUAACCUAUAGGCUAUCAACCUGCUAUGUUAGCUACAUUCUAACACGAGAAUUAUGCUGUUAAUAUGCUGGGAACUGCUUUGAAAGAGCUUACACAAUGUGUUGAAUCAUGUUUCUGCUGGAGAGUUUUGUGUCACAAGUGUGUUAAAAACAUGCACGGUAACCAAAUCCUGUUUUUACAUAUGUGGAAACAUUUUAGCAUAAAACUUGUUUCUGAAGGAAAUCUGAAUUUGUCUAAUUGUGUUGUCCUGCAAAUUAAGGUUAAAUGAUAUUUCUUUGCAUCCUCUGAUUUGCCUCUCAGGUUGUUUAAAAUGGCCAGAGUUUUAAUGUCACCUUUACUUACAGUGUCACAAAGUAUUUCUCUUUUAACAAGGUAAAAGUUGUUUUUUUUUUUUUUUUGUUUUUAGCUUUUAAUUGCUUUAAUUGAUGAUAUGCUCCGGUAUGCUUAUCUAAGUUUAGGUGUUUGUCACUUUUGAUAUUGUUUUAUUCCCUAUGUUAGAUGUAUGUGGAAUGUAACAGUAAAUGGGAAGGCUCUAUAAUAAUAAUAACUGUGUGUCCGUACAGUACUAAAGUUAAUCAAUACAUCCUCAAAUAUUAGAUGUAUAUCUUAAGAUUAUGAAGGAUAGACUUUAAUAGUAACAUCUAAACUCACAGCAAACAAGGCAAAAAAGUUGAUAUAAAAUAUAUGUGUAUGUAUGUAAAUAUGUUUUAAAGGGCUAGUUCACCCAAAAAUAAAAAUUCUGUCAUCAUUUUCUCACUUUCAAGUUGUUUGAAACCUGUAUGAGUUUCUUUCUUCUGUUGAACACAAAAGAAGAUAUUUUGAAGAAUGUCAAUAACCAAACAGUUUCUGGUCCCCAUUGACUUUCAUAGUAUUUUUUUUUCAUACUAUGGAAGUCAAUGGGGUCCUGCAACUGUUUAGUAACCCACAUUCUUCAAAAUAUCAAUAUAAAAUGUAUUUAAAAUGUCAACAGAAGAAAGAAACUAUACAGGUUUAGAACAACUUUUGUUGUUAAAAAAGCAUUUUCAUUUUUGGGUGAGCAUGCCUUUAAUAAAGAUCUAAAAUGCUUGAGAAUAUCAGUGAAAUACAACAUUUUUAUAUUAACAGACAUGGCAAAUGGAUGCGGAGUUUCCCUGCACACAUACUUCAUGCACUGGAUCCUCAUUUUCACUCAUCUAGAGGAAGCUGACAUUCAUACAUUCAUACAGGAAACCACAAAGAGUUUUUGUAAUGUUGAAAUGGGUCAAAUCAGGCCCAAACACAACACAUGUAACAUUUUAAAGUCACACAAAUUCAAAACGGAUAAUUCUUAUUUUUUUAAAUGGAAUUUUGCAAUGGGUUUUUUUAAAUACAUGAUUUAUCUGUGCACAUUAUUAUUAUUUGCAUUUUUUCUUGAUUGAGAAGCUGCAUUGCAACUUCUUGUAAUGCAGUGGAAUUUCUGCAUUUAAAUUUCUUAUAAGAAGAUAACAAUAUAAAAGCUACAGAGUUCAUUUCCACUUCCUCCCACAUUUGUAUGCAAAUCACACUUUGCUUUUGUCCUGUGAAAAAUAUAUUUUCCAGUGGUGGGUGUGUAAUACAUUUACAUUUAGUAGGUGCAUAACCAAAGUGACUUACAAAUGAGGAAUAUAUUAAGGGAUUCAUAGGGAAGUGCUAGUAAUACAGUUUCAGACACUGUUCAGAAUAUUAAAAAGCUAGAACAGGGAGGGAUUAAGGAAUAGUGAGUGGACAAAAGGGGAGGGGCCAAUCCUUUAAUUGGUCAGACCUGCUUUUUAUUGGUUUAUGUAAUCUUUGGGAAGGUAUGGUAGCAAAUUAUUCACAAAUAAAAAUGUGGAAUUGACAACUUCACUGCAUUUCUGCUAACACUGGAUACACUGACAAUAUGGCAAUGAAGGCUAAAGUGACUGUGUUUCUGUUUUUAUGUUUCCUUAGAAUGAACACCAGCAUCUUCAGAAAACACUACUAUGUGAAAGAGAGUAUGACGUGGUCAAAUGCACAGCAGUACUGCAGAAAGAACCAUGAUGACCUGUCAACCAUCGACAGUGUAGAACUGAACCGACUUUCUGCAAAUCCAAGGGUCGUUUCUGAUUUUUACUGGAUUGGACUUCAGAGAGAUGCCCAAAGCCCAACACUGUGGAGAUGGAGCGGAGGUGAGAAAGCAGCUAAUAUUAUGUGGGACGCUGGACAACCCAAUACUUUGUAUGAACUAUGUGCUGCUGUCUCAAAAUCAAAUAGUAAAGUGCAUGAUAGUCCUUGCCUUAUGUCUAAACCAUUUUAUUGUAUGGAGGACUUUGAACUGAUCCUGAUGCAGCAGGAAAACACGUGGGAAGAGGCUCUGGAAUACUGCAGACAAAUGUAUGUUGAUUUGGCCGGUCUAACUUCAGAUUUGAUUAUGGAAGAGGCGAAAGACAAGAGCACACCAGCCCUGACGGAUGAUGUUUGGAUUGGUCUGCGGUUCAUAGCAGGUUACUGGUUUUGGGUAAAUGGAAAUAAUGUUGUAUAUAAGGCCUGGUCUGAGGAGGAUGAGCCCCAGUGUCCUGCCAUAGAUCAGCGCUGUGGAGUUUAUGACAGAAAAAAGGCGGUUUGGGAACCUGCAGACUGUGAGCGGAGACUCAACUUUCUCUGUGUCAAGAAAACUAAAUCGAAACCUAAUGAAAGCAGUAACUGAAUACAUUUGUCAUGUGUAAUGAUUACAGCAAGUAAAGUCACUAAAAAACAAACUAAAAUUAUUUCUGUUGUUAGUUGCUAAAUGUAGGUGUAGAUGUCAGCUAUGUACUCAGAAAGCAAAACAUGCCUGGUUUUCAAUCUUGUGAGUAAUGUUUUAUUUAUAUAAAUGAGUGAUAUUUGGAGUGAUAAAAGUAUCAAUUUUAAUUAUUUGAUUCCAGAUAUGUUUUUGAUACAUUACAAAGUUACCCACAUUGUCUGGAUGAAUUACAAGUAUUUUUGUAUUUAAAUAAAGACUGUGUCAUUUCAGUGUCCAAAGGUAGUACUCUAUUGAUUCAGCUUGACUACUGAAAGUGUGCUGCUCUUUUCACUUUUUUAAGUUUAAAGGGGUCAUGAACUGCGUUGUUUUAUUGUUUUAUAAUGUUUCCUGGGGUGCACUUAUAAUGUUAGUAUGCUUUUUACAUCCAAAAUUGUCAUAAUUUAGAAAUAAAAGGCAUUUUUCCUACCCUUAUUUUAGCCCUCUGGUUUGAACGCUCUGUUUUAAGGGGCGUGUCUGCUGUGAGACUUCAGUGUAGACGCCCACUGCUGUGAUUGGCUAACAUCUUUCCAUUUGAAACAACCAAGUAUUACUCUCUCUUUUAGCGUGAUUUUACUAUUACAGCUCUCAAGGUUAACUAAUCGUGAAAAGUGUUGCAUUACAUUUAGAUCUAUGGCAUUAUAUUUAGAUCGUGGCAUUAAAGGUUGCAGAGAUGAACAAAGUAGCCGAUCACAGACAUGUUGAGCGAAUGAAAGCAGUGAUCUCGUCAUUGCAACUCAAUUUAUGUACACUAACAAAUGCUUUCAUCUUCACUAACAGUGCAAACGCGAUAUAACUAAGAGAUUCGUUGAAUUAAACGGGAGUUUUGCACGUGUCAGUCACUCAUAAACUCGCGCUGUUUGAUUGACAGCUUCAGCUCGCGCUGCUCCAACGAUUGCAAAGGGAGCUUUCUUUGAUCGCGUUCUUUAUAUCACCGUUAAAUAACAGAUUAUUUUCAUCCUACUAAGAGAAACAAAGCAAGUUGACGUUUAGUCACGGGUUUGAUUUACUGACACUCAAACAAAUAACAUCUGUAGCCUACAUAAACUAUUACAUAUCAGAUCAGGCAUUAGAAUUAACACAGUU